AUGAGGAGCGAUUUCAGAGGUGUUGCUUCGAAGAGAUCCCCGGAACGAAAGAGAAAGAGUCAGGCAAAAAUUUCGGGAGAUCGACGUUUGAUCGAUGGUCACUAUACGCAUGAAGGCCAUAUCGUUGGAGAUAGACCGCAUCAUAUUUUGGUCGGAUUCGAUGGUGGCCCUGCAUUGGAUAAAUACGUCUCCCAGCAAGCUGCAAGUUUUCGUGGCCAAUCGUGUCGCAGAUAUCCAAGGGAAACUGACGGAGCUGAAUGGAGGCACGUUCGAUCCAAAGAUAACCCUGCUGAUCUGAUUUCGCGCGGGCUGCUCCCUAACGAAUUCAUGGAUAGGCUAGACUGGAAAUUCGGGCCUGUUUGGCUCUCCGAAGACGUAAACAGUUGGCCAAAAAGCGAACUAACGGUUCCAUCUGAUAUUCCAGAGAUGCGCAAAGCGCAAUGCUUCCUCACGGCUACUAUUGACAAGGGACAGCUGUGUCCGAAGGAAUUGAGUGUCGCUAAUGAGAAAAUAAUCAAGUUAGUUCAGGAAUCAGUGUUCUACGAAGAAGUGAAGGAAUUGAAAAAAGGCCGAAGUCUUCCGCAUUCCCACAAACUUAAGGGUCUCGCUCCGUUCGUGGACGAUAGCGGACUGUUGCGAGUAGGAGGGCGAUUGAAAAAUGCACCAAUACCGUAUUCGCAAAAACAUCCUAUUUUGAUUCCGAAAGGACAUCACAUAACGACUCUACUGAUUCGAAAUGAACAUCGUACGAAUUAUCAUGCCGGAGCACAAACGACAUUAUACGCUCUCAGGCGUCAAUAUUGGUUGAUCGACACCAGAAAUCAAGUCCGAAAGGCAGUAAAACAGUGUACUACAUGCGUAAGAGCGGCUCCACCGGUCAGCGAUUAUGUGAUGGGGGAUCUGCCAAAAAGUCGGGUCUGGGUGGCAGUUUUCGUGUGUUUGGUCGUGAAGACGGUACAUCUGGAGGUGGUAUCUGACUUGACCACCGAAGGUUUUAUAGCUGUUUUAAAACGAUUCGUCGCUAGACGAGGAAAGCCUGGGAUCAUACGCUCGGAUAACGGGAGAUACCUCGCUAAUGAGGGGAUUGAGUGGUACUUUACACCACCCCUCUCGCCUCAUUUUGGAGGACUAUGGGAAGCAGGAGUGACGUCAUUUAAACAUCACCUCAAAAGAGUGUGCGACGAUUUGGUCAGAUUCGAAGAAUUCAAUACAUUAAUAAUCGAGAUCGAGGCAAUCCUAAACUCCCGUCCUCUCACUCCUAUAUCCACAGAUCCUAAUGAUUUAAUAGUUCUCACUCUCGGUCAUUUCUUAAUUGGCGAUUUCUUGACAAGCUUACCAGAGAAGAACUUUCAGGCCACUCCAUCGAAUCGAAUUUCUCUAUGGCAGUUAGUCCAAAAGAAAACUCAAGAAUUUUGGAGGAGAUGGCACAAGGAGUAUCUCAACGAGCUGAACAUCAGGAAUAAAUGGACCGAUGGCAGCCACGACAUCAAGGAAGGCACGGUAGUCAUCCUCCAAGAGGACAAUUCGCCACCCAGACACUGGCCUCUGGGUCGCAUAGUCCAAGUGAUCCCGGGAAACGACGGGAUCAUUCGUGUAGUCAAGGUGAAAACGGCGACGGGCGAAUUUCGUAGGAACAUCCGAAAGAUAUCACCGCUGCUGAACGACAUCGACGACCAGAGGAAAGAUAUCGUUGAACUGAGACCAUCUCAAAGGGGGGAGCGUGUUGCGUAUCACGCUGUAAAAAUUUAG